UACACUUCAGUUAGAAGUUGUGCUCACAACACUACUUUUUCAUAUUGUAACUCUAUAUCGGUGAUACUGAGUUCGGUUUUGUCUGCAUUUUCGACAUACACGUGAAGACACACACGACAUACACUAUAAAAUUAACGUUGCAUUCUUGUGACCAGCUGUUUUGGAAGUAUUGUUGAUGAGAACCGGCAAGUUUUAGUCAAAUGAUAAAAUGGUUUCUCCUGAGGCAGUGAUUCACUCCGACGGUAAUAGUUCGAGUGAAAUAGACGAUGAUGUUUCCUACCCCAAUGCAGAGCCCGUGAUCGAUCUCAAUUCCGUCGGCGAUGCCUGGUUGAUUUUAUUCAAAGUUCACUGGAUAACGUUUUCAAUAUGUUUUAGUCUUUUAGCAUUGUAUAAUGGCUAUCAGUUAUACAAGACAUUCCGCCUGAAGAGCACGACGAGGAAGAACUACAUCAGUAUUGUCCAAGUUCUUGUCAUAUUAUUCGGAUUGACCAGAACGCUGUCUUUAAGUAUUUCGCCUUACGAUAUCAUGAGCAACACACCAAAACGCGUUCCGUACAUUGUGCCUCGCUUGCUGUUUGCCCUUGGCUAUCCUUGCCUUUUUUCUGGGUUCACAUUUAUGUACAAGAUUUUUAUGUUACUCAGCAAAGUUCAGGUUAUGAAGAAAAAUCCGAUCGGAAGCAGAGUGGUCACUGUAAUUCUUGUCUUGCAUUUUCUUGCGGUGAUUUCUGUGGAAUUUCUCACAAGAUAUGUUAAAGACGUGGAAGUGCUGUUGGUUUUUUGUGCCUUUUAUUACUUCUUUGGAUGUUUGACUACCGCACUUUGUUUACUUAUCAGUGGAAGGCGUGUGCUAAAAAAAGAGAGAACAAUUCGGAAAUCGCUUCAUAAAUUUGACGACUCCAAAGCUCACCACCGCGUAUCACCAAAUGGUCUAACGGCAAGGAAAAAAAUCUUAAGAAUUACACUCUUGACGGCCGUAUUUGGUGUGCUAUCUGCUCUGUCCUAUAGUUACACCAUAGUUCUGGUGAUUAGAUCUGUCAAUGGCGAUACAUUUUUUCUAGAACCUUGGACAUGGCUCAUCGUAAACAAUUUUUUGAGGAUUUUCGAGUUCUGCUUAGCAGCAACUAUGAGUUACGCCGUUGCAUCGAGUUAUCCACGCAAUGCCCGUGCGGCAAAAGCUUUAUAUAACACAAAAAGUAGCUACGCUUCCACCAUCAGUGUUAGAGGAGAGUCUUCCUUGUGAUACAAAGACAAAUAAUACAUUUGACUUAAGCAACAUAAUGGUAAAGCAAUCAUAAAAGUAUAUAUGUGUAAAUUCUCUUAAUGAUUCAGCAUAACAGUACCUUUAUUUGUACAACAAAACAGUUCUCCCGGCUUUGGUCAGUAUAAAACCCUCUGACUUAUUUAUUUUAUGCUUCGUUAAACAGACUUUCUCUUCGACCAGAAAUUAUUUGUCAUUCUCAUCAUUAUAAUGAUGAAGGGUAUAGCUAAUAAGAUGUCAUAAUGAUUCCCCCAACCGAACAAGCUCUUAAACAAGUGCUUCUAAAAUCGAUGAUUCUAAAAGCAAAUGAGUACCAAAUUUCUUAGUUUUCCUGAGAUUUUUGUAAGCCAUGCAUCUGUUUUAGUAUGUAUUGAAUUGUUAAUUACAAAUAAGCAAAGUUUUGUAUGAUUAAUUUUGAUACGUGCGAGAACAUCAUUAAUGAUGCUUUCUAUGUAUGUUUAUAUUUGUGUCCUAUUCAGACAAACCAGAAUAUCAAACUUAUGUUACAUAAAAGGACAACGGCGUCGCGUUGUCAUGAUUUGUUAAUAAACACGACUUUUUGUCUCUUGAA